AAAUCCCAGUUCAACCAGAUAUCAUCACCGGUCCGAUCCAUGGAUGGGGCGGGGGACGUGGAGAAGACGCUCAAUGAGGCAGACGCGCCGGUGGAGGUGUCGCAGUGGCAGCGCCACUGCAUCUACCGCGUGCCGGCGUGCAUCAAGGACCUCAACCCCAAGGCGUACCGGCCGCAGGUGGUGUCGCUGGGCCCCUUCCACCAUGGCAACGCCGAGCUGCUGCCGAUGGAGGAGCACAAGCGCCGGGCGCUGCGGCACCUGCUUCGGCGAGCGGACAGGCCGCUGAAGGAGUUCAGGGCCGCCAUGCAGGACGCGGCCGAGCAGCUGGAGAGCGCGUACCUGGACCUCGGCGCUGAGUGGCGCGGCGGCGAGGGCGGCAAUGAGCGGUUCCUGGAGAUGCUGAUCGUCGACGGGUGCUUCCUCCUUGAGGUGAUGAGGGUCGCCGUCGUCGCGGGGCACCACGACGGCGACUACGCGCUCAACGACCCCAUCUUUAGCCGCCACGGGGUGCUCUACAUGGUACCCUACAUCCGCCGUGACAUGCUCAUGCUUGAGAACCAGCUGCCGCUGCUCGUGUUCGAGACGCUCGUCGCCGUUGAGACUGCAAUGCCGCAGAACCACGAGGUGAUCAGCAGGAUGGUGCUGAGGUUCCUGUCCCCGUCGUCCCGUCUUCCACCGGCCGGCGUCGAGCUGGGGCUCCAUCCGCUCGACGUCUACCGCGGGAGCCUGCUGCAUGGCUCGUACCAGGGCUCGAGAGCCGUGCCGGACACGGCCGACAUGGAGAUCAUCCGGCCGGCGGUGGAGUUGUGCGAGGCCGGGAUCCGCUUCAAGAAGAGCCGGACCGACAGCCUGCGCGACAUCCGGUUCAAGCACGGCGUGCUGACCAUGCCGGCGUUGGUGCUGGACGAUUCCACCGAGUACAUGCUCCUGAACAUGAUGACGUUCGAGCGGCUGCACGCCGGCGCGGGGAACGACAUAAUGGCGUACGUGUUCUUCAUGAGCAACCUCCUCGACUCGGCCAAGGACGUGGCGCUUCUGGGCUCCAAGGGGAUCGUCCAGAACGCCGUGGGCAGCGACAAGGCGGCGGCGAAGAUGUUCGAGAGCAUGUCCAAGGACGUGGUGCUAGAGCCGGAGAGCGCGCUCGACGCCGUGCACCUGCAGGUGAACGCGUACUGCCGGAGUCCGUGGAGCAUGUGUCGCGCCAGCCUCAGACACUCGAAUGCAUGCUUCAGGACCCCCUGGGCGCUCUUUGCCGCCGCCGUCCUCCUCGUCAUGAUCAUCAUGCAGACCAUCUACGCCGUGCUGCAGUUCUACCGGCCGGGACAACGUUGACAGCACGCAACCUGCGGCAGCUCCAAUGCGAUUUGCUGAUAUACAAGGUUGUACUUG